GUAUUCUCAGAGUGACCGUGGACGUGACCAGCAGCGCCCAGCUGGAGCGCCGUUAAUGUGUAGAGUAACGAUGUCAUUCUAGGUUUACUUCGUUUUGGAUUUGUAGGCUAUUCGAAUAAAAACAUUUGCACUAGAAAAGUACCAUUUUUUUUCUUUCUUUCACUUUUUUAACUCCUUUUACCCCCAAAGAAGUAGCCUACCUGUUUUCACUUUUAAAACAAAAAAAAAGGGAUUUACACAGAAAAAUGAAGCCACGGAUUUUACUCACCUUCCUGAUGUUUAUUGGUUCAUGUUUGUGUAAUGGAUCUGAGUUGGCUUUUCUUACUGAGCCCAGUGAUGUUAUCGCAGUACGGGACAGGCCAUUGAUGCUGGACUGCAGGGUGGAAGGCGAGGGUCCCAUUACAGUGACGUGGCAUAAGAACGGAGCUCCGCUGCUUUCAGGAGCAGGCAGUCGGGCGAAGAUCCUAUCCAACGGCACGCUCCUCAUUCGCAGCUUCCAGAAGAGACGGGAUGGAGAUGCUACCGACGCUGGAGAGUAUUACUGCGCUGCGCAGAACCACUAUGGCAUGCUGGUCAGCCGCAAGGCCCGUGUGCAACUCGCUUCUCUUCCAAAAUUCCACACUCACCCAGAGUCCAUGUCAGUAGAUGAGGGAGGUGUUGCACGUUUCCAGUGUCAGGUCAGUGGUAUUCCUGAGGCCAGCAUUACUUGGGAGAAGGACCGUGUUGUGCUUGGAACGUCUGAUGACAGGUACACUCUUCUCCCAAUGGGUAUUCUGCAGAUUACAGGAGUUAAGAAAUCAGACACUGGUGUCUAUCGCUGUGUUGCCACUAAUAUCGCCAACACCCGCUACAGCCACGAGGCCUAUCUGAACGUAACCGGAGGUGUUCCUCGCACCUAUAAGGAGCCAGUCAUCCUGUCCGGCCCACAGAACCUCACCAUCACCGUCCAUCAGACGGCCAUCCUGGAGUGUAUCGCCACUGGAAACCCUCGCCCGAUUGUGUCUUGGAGUAGACUUGAUGGCAGAUCUAUCGGAGUGGAGGGCAUACAAGUGCUCGGGACGGGGAACCUGAUGAUCUCCGAUGUCUCCCUUCAGCACUCUGGGGUGUAUGUGUGUGCUGCCAACCGGCCUGGCACCAGGAUGAGGCGUACCGCAUUGGGCAGGCUGGUAGUUCAAGCUCCUCCAGAGUUCAUUCAGUGGCCGCAGUCUGUGUCUAAGCCAGCAGGAGGCAGUGCUGUGUUCACAUGUGUGGCUCAGGGUGUUCCUGAACCUCACAUCAUCUGGCUGAAGAAUGGAAAAAUACUCACCCCAGGCGAUCAUGUGAAACUCACUAACAAUAACAGCACCCUGGCCGUGACUCGCAUCACAUCAGAGGAUGAAGCUAUAUACCAGUGCAUCGCUGAAAACUCUGCCGGCACUAACCAGGCCAGCGCUCGCCUGGCUGUGUCCCUGGCCAAAGAGCUUCCCGAUGCCCCUCAGGACCUGAAAGCCACAGCUCUCUCUACAACCACCCUGCAGCUCUCCUGGACCCAGCCACCAGCCGAAAUCACAGACGGGAUCAUCGGAUAUGUGCUGCAUAUACGCAAGUAUGGUGGUGAGUGUCGCUGGAAUUCAGAUUUUCCACUAAUCUGGAACAUAUUUUGCUCUCUACUAUUAUGUUUGGAGAAAUACAUAAUCGGUGCACUUUUGUUUUCAGAGCCUGAAAGCACAGAACUACAGGAGGCUGUGAGUAAGACAACAUUUCAGCAUGACCUCACAAACCUUGAACCCGCGACCACCUACUCCAUCUACCUGAAGGCUUACUCUCCCCUGGGUGCUAGUGAACGCUCCAGUACUGUUGUUUCCACAACACUAGGGGGCGUGCCCAGUUCACCUACAUUUUUCACCAAAGCAAUAAACACCACAGCAGUCCAGGUCCUAUGGGAGCUGCCCAAUAAGCCUGGAAAAGCUGAGGGUUUCCGACUGUCUUAUCGCAGGGUUCCCCAUGGAGAGAUCCAGGGGCCAAUUCAGUUGCCGUGCCAUGCUAACAUUCACACCAUUUCUCAUCUCGACCCCGGCUAUGUGUAUGAAGUCAAACUGGUGGCCUACAAUGGCAAUGGAGAGAGCGACUGUUCAAAGAAACUUGUUUCACUGGCUGAGGACAGGACUAGUGCUAAAACCAGAGCAGCAGGAGAGGAAGCUCAGUGUAACUGCAGGGGUAUAGAGAGCUCAGUGAGCAGCAUUGUGGUUGGCAUCCACAUUGGCAUGGCCUGCAUCAUUUUCUGUGUGCUCUUUCUCAUGUUUGGAUAUCGGCGAAGUUUCCUCUGUAGGAAGGGGACUCAGGACAGCUGGUCUGUGCCACAGGGCGAAGAUGGAGGGCAUCCCAACGGCAUCCCAAAAGCGUCAGUAACACAACCUGCUCAAGGCACUGGACUGGUUCCACAAGGUCAUGAUAUAGAUGGCCAGGCCCAAUGCCAGGUUCUUAUUGAGCAGCACUCAUCCAGUCUUCCAGGCACUGGCACAGGCACUGGCUAGCAUUAGCCUUUAGCUAUCACUGCCUCAGUGAUCUCUCUCCUUGUGGUUCCUCUGCCUAGCCUGCCCACCAAAAUCCCUUUAGUCCAUAUUUAUCAUGCCCAGUCUGACACCUAAACUGCUGCUACUGUUUAUAGGUGUAAAUGGGCCUGUUUUAACUACAAACGUUUUGCUAAUUGAGCUGGUCCCAUUUGUUUCUUUUGCUCCCUCCCUUUAGAACCAAAGCUUUACUCCUUUAAGAUCUUUAUUUCGAUGUGUCCACACAAGAACACCAAAUAAUAGCCUUAGGACAUACUGAAGUAAUUUUUUAUGCUAGCAUGCUAAGUUACAAAUAGUUACUGCACUCUUUCUGAGCAUAAAUACAUAAUGGAAGUUAAACACAACAAAAAUGAUACCAAACCCGCUUUAUAUUUUAUUACCAAAGGGCUUUCUGCUAAAACCAAAACUUCCUUUUGCAAUGCGUCUUCUGGUAAUAAGAUGUAGCCUGACAUUGUGCCUGAACUGAUGCCCAAUCUAAAGACCAACCAUUUUAAUAAUCUCAAUAUUUCACUCCAGUAUGUGUGAUCUAGUGAACUACAUGAUUUACAAAACAAGCUACAAUAAGCCAUAUUCUCAGUUGAAAUGAUUACAGGGAACAGAGGUUCGUUCCAUUUGUUAGCCUUAGCUCAGAUAUACUGUACCAAGAUGAAUAACGUGGCCUUGCUUUUGCCUUCACUUGUGGUUGUGUGAGUUCAGAUAAAUUGAUUGUUAUGUUUCACCAUACAUGCCUCGAGGCAGGCUCUACCCCAGAGGAACCAUAAAGGUGAUGGAUUCUUCCCACCUUUCCCUCUUUCCUAAUCUUUAUAAUACCCACCACAAGCUGUAUACCUCCAAAGAUAGCUACCUCAGAAUGUUAUGUUGGGCUGACAUUAGCCCCUGCUAAUAAAGCUUGCCUACCUCAGCCAAAAAAUAGCAGAUACCCGCUACUCUUCCCACUGCCAGUGCCUGUGCCAGCUGCCUCCAGAACCUGCAUUCAUGUGCCCAUCUGGUCGACUGCCAUGGAGAAUGUGACUGUGGCUGCCCAUCCUCUGGCUCCAAAUAUUGCCUUAGCAGACAAAAGCUGUCUGGGAACCCCUCUCUAACUCAUCGUCCGGAGAUCUACAGAAGCAUUUAAGCUGUGGAGUACUUCAAACACACCUCGGAUACACGGUAUGUUACAGAUAUGAUGGUUAGGAUCCUGCCAAGCCGUUCCGUGGAUUCCUUUCUGAUGCUGCUAAACCUAAACUCCAAAGAAAAAGAUGAAACAGCAGGUACAGAAGGGUAUUCGUUUUGUUCGGAGAAUGUGAUUUGAAAAUUCCGCAUGGAAUCUAUGGACCCUUGAGAAUUGUAAUGGGAUAUUUUUGGGCCUUUCCAUGUGGAUACCACACAAAAACCCGUGAAGCCAAAAGCUUUGGAUAUUUUGCUUUCCACCAAGGAAUAUGUGAUGGCAUCGAGAGGAUGCUUAUCCAAAGUGAUUCUUUCCAGCCAAACCAACUGGUCUUUUCUCCAGAUGCCAAAUCGGUUGCCAUGGGAACUUGAAGGAGCUGCGAGAUGAUGGUUGAUUUUGGGUUUACUGAGAAACCACUGCGUUCUCUUGUUCCCAAGCGGACAGGCAUGGCAGCGGAUUAUCCCAAAAAUGUUUUUGAUAUGAAAACCAAGCUUUAUGAUAUCCAAAGAUGUAAAAAUGUUUAAGGUUUUCAUUUAUCUUUAUAUCCAUGUCCUCUUUAGAUGAACCUAAGCCUUUGUGUUGAUGUUUUUGCAGUUACUGUUAAAAGGGGAAGCUGCAAUAAAAUGGACUUAAUAAGAAACCAAUUCACACAAAUAUCCGCAACAAUAAUAUGCUUUAAUAGUCAAACAUUGUCUGUCUUCCCUCUUUUGACAUUGAACUGCCAUAUUUUUCUUUUAGAACCUUUUAACCUUUAAAUAAUAACCAAACGAAAAUGGGAUAUAUUUUCAAGGAGAUUUUAUAUGUUGAUAUGAGAGAAGGAACAUCUGUGUCCUCUUUAUGAUAAUUGAGUUUGCCAAAUAGUAGAGUAAUAAUAAUAAUUAUACCAAAUACCUCUUUCAUAUUUAACAUUCAUACCCUUUAUCUUUUGUAACACUUCAUUACCAAAGCACAGGAACACACAUGAGUGUACGGUAUAUGUAUGAGUUCAUGAAUAAAUGUGUUUUGUGUUUGGCGAACAGUAGGUCAAAUCUGGAGUCAGUAGAGGUCAGAGACCCUAAAAAAAAAAAGUCAAGGGAACGAUGUGUAUACAGUAACAUAUAAAUGGAACCAAAGAGCUUGAUUUUUUUUAUUUUUAUGAUGCGUAUCAAGAAAGCAAAGAGGCCUUUAACUUUGAAUAUCUAGAUGAGGAUAACAUCCUUUAAGAUUUAAAAGCAAAGAAACCUGCUUUCCUGAUGAUGCUCUACACUACUCCAGGUUGACCUUUUGAACAUAAUGAGUGUUAAACGUUUACCCACAAUCACUGCAGUUCAAACAGCCCCUCCAUAGACUAAAACUCCCAUCCUUGUGUUAAUUUGAAAUAACUGAAACUUUCUGAGAAAGAAAAAAGGGAGAAUUUUAGAUUUGUAGCUGUAUAGCGUGACUCGUAUAAUGGUAAACAUUAGAUUACUCAUAUUUUAAACACAAUAUUUGGUUCUUUAAGUAGAACUUUUUUUAUAUUCUCUUUCACAAAGUUGUCAUGGUACCUACCUUGGGUUGGAAAGAUGGCAUUUUGAUGUUCAUUUUUGUAAUGUUAUUAUUAUUAAUACUUUAAUUAUUGCUGUUGCUUUUGUUUCUAAGUCCAUUUUGAUAAACACACUGGUUUUGUUUUUCAUUUCUCAGUAGCAGAUGAAAGAGAAUGUGAAAGUGUUUGUUAGGACCCUAAAAAACAGUGGGUUGAAUGCAGCAGGCUGGCAAAGGUGUGAUUUGGGAUUCAUUAUGUUUAUUUGCCUUUAUAUUCUACACUUCAGUUUGUGUAAAUUGGCCCUUUGUUAAUGUGCAGAUACCAAGUGCACUUUUACAAAGAUUUCAAAUGGUUAAAUAGCUCUCAUAAAUGAGUGAAUCCCCCAUCUGUUUGGAUUAUGACCCACUGGUUAGAAAAAAAUAAAAAAUAGAAAAAAAAAUAGUUGUGAACUAGAGUUUGAGGGCUAGAACCAAUGAGGAAAAACAAUGCUUUAACAUGUACUUCCUUUUGAGUUAUUUGAACCUGAAACCCAAAAGCUUUAAACACUUUGAGACUGUGAUUUCUCCAACCAAAAAUAUUAAAGACAGAGAUUGGUAUGUAGUGAAUGAACAAUUACAGAGCCAAUGUAAUUUAAGGGACUAAGCAAUGAAUGCAAUGAAUGCUAUAUAAAUGGACCAUGGUUGUUGAAUUGUUUUGUAAAUUGGUAAUGACUUAAUUUACAGGCUGCAGCCUCUGAAUUGAUCUGUCAGCACAACAAAGCUUGUGAUUUAAUUCAUCAAGUUGUUAUUCCGAUCUUACAGUGUUUCUCUAAUUGUAGGUCUUGUAGGUCUUUACCAGAUUGCAAAACAGAAUGUCAAGAUCCUUCAACACACUGCACGUUCCUUCCUGUAUUGCAUCAUUAACUUGUGUAGUGAUUGUAUUCUCAAGAAUGGGCUUUGAUGAAUUCCUUUUCUGUUUGAAGAGGAAUAAUGACGACUGCCAUUAUCUAGCAACCAAUGGAAAUGUCUUUAGAAAUAUGUCAAGAUUUCACUGCUAAGCUCUCUCUCGAUUAAGGUGACUAUUGUAAUGGCACAGUCUCUGAUCUCUGCUUUUUCACAUUUUUUCACAACUUUGAAUUUGUUCACAUUCCAGGGCGCCUGAAACCAAAUAAUAAAAAAAAGAACCAAAAUA